GGGGUGAAGGAUGAUGAUGGCGAUGACGACACUGAUGGCGACACCACGACAACGAUAGCAACUCGACAACGACCUGGACAAGCACUCUCUGGAUGCGGCGGUAAGGUAUGGAAGAUCAAGGUAAAAACGAGCUGGACCCACGGCUGCAGGAAGUCUGGCAAUCCAUCGGUUUCGUAGAAUCGUCCAUCAUGUCGACCGCACCUGCCCCAGUCGACCGAGAGCAAGACAACUCCACAAGAUCAACUACGGCGACUACUAGCGGUCAAUCGAUACGAGCCGCCAGCACGAACAACGGCUUCUCCGCCGGUAUAUAUAGUCCACCAUCCACAUCUCACUCCGGCCUUACCCCUAGAAAACACGACCCCACUCGAGAUAGCAUCAUCGCCAAUUCCUCCAAAGGCUGGUCACCCCUUCAGCCUAAACGCCCACAAUCCACGCACCCCGCUUCGAGAGCGACGUCUCCUACCCAUCCUUCCAACUACAACCACCUAGACUCGACAUUAGACGACGAGCAGAACAUGGCGGGCGUCAUGCACGGCGGUCCGAGGAGGACUAGUUCGAGCUUCAAGCAUGUGACGGGGAACGCACUCGUCAGCAAGUCUCCCUUCAAGUCGGGAGGGAUGACGACGGACGGACGGUCGUCGAUGUUCGCUUCUUCCACCUCCUCGACUUUACACUUCCGUAGCAAAUCGACCGGGACGACGACUUCCAUGACCUCCUCAGCUUCGGCCUCGGCUUCGUCCACAGUUACCACCCCUCGCAAAUCGAGCAACCUUCUCUCCGGCAUCGGGCUCGGUAUCAGCGCCUCUUCUCCCCGUCGUUCGUCAGGUAGAAAGUCUUCCGGCUCGAAAUCCCGUUCGUCCUCUGGUUCGGGAGCCCGAAAAGUCUCUGCCGAACGUAUCAAGACCCCUCCGAGCGAUCGAAGGCGAGUCAGCGGGGAAGAACGACGGGCUUCCGGUGGUGCUCUUCGGUCCAUCGACGACCCCAUGAACAACGAGAUGCCCGAAUACGACGACUUGGGGCAAUACUCACCCGACGUGAGGUCGAGCUCGGGUCGGAUGCCUAGACAGUCGAUGGGGUUCAAGGGACUCGCCAAAGGAGGCCUGGUUAGUCGGUCGCCGUUCUUGCAACAGACGGGCACGAUGGGUGCAGAUGCCGACGAGGGGAGUACUCCGCUGAAGAGGAACGUCGGGACGGCUUCCCCUGCCAGAGCAGGCGGGCUGGGUGCAAAGUUUGACUCUCCCCGUCAACCGGCUCAGGAGGACGUAUUCUCUUCCCCGCCCAUAUCGACUCAAGACGGUUCGGGGCGUCGUAUCAGCCCGAUCUACAAGGACAGGGUUGGGGCUGGGUCCACGAACGAUAGUCCUAGCAAGAGGCGACCCUCUCAACAAGGCUCUGCUGAGAGUCUGGUUCCCUUCCCCUCAUCGUCGUCGUCACAAGAAAACUCCUCCUCGUUGCGAGCGGAGAAGCCUCUUCCCCCAAUCCAACAACACUACGAACCUUCGAACACGGCCACCCCGACCAAAUCGUCCAUCACCAAACGACGACUCCACGGGCCCCGACUUUCCGGUUCCGAAUCCCCUACGGCGACGAAACAAGCCAAGACGGUCACUUUCCAGGCGGUACCCGACGUCAAGGAAUUCGAGACCGAGAGCGUGACCGAGGAUGGGGACAAGAGCAGGGACAGUAGGGAUUCCGAUGUGGAGAUGGACGAUGUGGAUCUCACAGAUGGAGGAGACUUUGACCCUUACCACGCUAUGCACCAUUUCCGAGCCGAUGGGAGAGGCGGAGGGAGCGGAAUCGUCGAGCUGCAUGAUCAAGCUUAUGAAGAGGAACAGAGGAGCAGUCCGGUCUUACGCGACGAGUACGAGAGCAACGAUGGACACGGGACGAGGAGCACGGAUAGUCAUGCUUCCGAGGGCGUCUAUAGGGACGAGAGUAUGACGGCCAAUUUCAUCGACUCGCUCGUGGAAGACGGUUACUUUUCGCCGCCUUCGGUACAACAUCCUCAGCUUCCGAGGCAUGUCUCGGAUACGCCUUCGAUGCCUGAAGAAACGCCAGUGUUGAACGCUUUCAUGGACUUUACGCCCAAGCUGGAGACUCCUUCCUUUGGAAGUUCGUUGGGUUUCACCACGCCCGUGGCGGAGCAGCCUCCGGUCAUCCUCGGACCCGUUGUCGGUUCAGGGGAAGAGCUUCCUCAAUCAGAGGAAAAGGAUAGUGCGGGAGUACCUUAUGGUAGGACCCAUCAUGCCGAACGAGUCGCGCUCGCUCACGCUAUCCCCAUCCGACCGGCCGAAAUCGCCCAGCCUACCUUGCCUAAGCCAUCGAUCUACGGUGGUGAACCCGUCUUGAGGAGCGCCAACGUAGCUGAGCCUGCUUUACCGGCCCAGAAUCGAUACUCGGGAUACGAGGAAGACCGACCGCGUGCGCAUCAGGAUGGCGCGUUUGUCGAUCCGUUUGUGACGAUCCAGACGGCUACCAAGGUGUACAACCAAGUCUCGCCGGAAUACGCUUCGGCGAACCGACAAGAAGACGGAGUACCGCUCGGACGGAGCAGUCAUGCGGAACGUGCCAAGGUGGCCCGUCUGCUUGCUACCCAGAGCCUGGGACUCGGCUUGCCUAACCACCCUAAACAGCCGAGUUUGCCCAGCACCGGUCGGCCUCAGACGCGUUAUAUCUCGUUCGGCGAGAGCGAGGACGGAAGCGAACUCAGUGAAAGCGAUGGAGAGGAUAUGGAGCGCGUCUUGCAGCCUCCCACACCGGCGCACAGUAAUCGAUCUCAACCCCUCCUGAACACGCCGCCCAAGGUAGAAGAGACGUCCGAGAGGAGACCACCUUUGUCGCAAAAGCUGGAAAUGCUUUGUAGCCCGAUGGCAUCGUCGUCCGCCACCAAGAGGACGCUGCCGAAGCCUCCCCAGCCUCAGCCCUUGGACAUUCCGAGCCCAAAGCUGGCGCCUGCUAUCAUGCCCGAAGAUUUGCCUAGAAGCACGAGUCCUACGGUCUUUGGAGUAACGAUACCAUUCUCUCUACCGAAUAUCGGGAUGACCAGCCCCUUGUUCCCUGCUCCCCAACCUCGAAGCGAGCGACUUUCGACCGAGAGUGAAGCCGUUUCCGAUACAACCGCACGACCCCUCACCCCGCCGCCGUCGUUUACCAAACCAGCAAAGGCGGAAAGUCCCCAUAGGAUACCCGACUUUGACUUCGAGAACGACCUCGGUAAGAGUUUCGAGAUGGACACCGAGAUGGACUCUGGAUUGUCGACAUUGGAAGACUUUGCUCCGCUGCCACCUCUUCAGCCCAGGCUUUCCCUCGACCCGCUUCGUAUCGUCAAGCGGUCAAGCCAAUUCGGGCUUGAACAAUCCCUCAAUGGCAGCAAGUCUGAUGGCGUCUUGAACAGGCAAUCGACCGAUCCUGCGGGUGGCAGCAUCAACGGCCAAGUUAGGCAGCGAAUCUCGAAGGACAUGAUCCGCGCCAGGAUGGAGGAACGCAAAGCGACCCAAACUUCGAUGUCCGAAAGUGGAUCAGACUCGGAAGACGAUCUCCCUCUUGACAUGGCUGCACGCAGAUCUGUCCAUCUUGAAAAGGCUUUGCCGCUGCCUCCAUCUCUGUCCGGCGGACCGCUCGCAAGGCCUCAACUUCGUGCUCGAGCACAAACCAAGUCGGCUCAAGACAUCCUAGCUCAGGCCGACAAGGACGGUAUGCCCGAGGAACCCAAGAGCGCCUUGGAUCAGCUGGUGUUCGACUUUAACGGCUUACCUUCUGGAAGCUCGUCUCAGCGCCCGCAGUCUUUGGUCGUUCGUCACGUCUCUUCGGAAAGCGUCUUGACCACUGGACCGGCCCGAUCGGGAUUACCUACCGCUUCCUCUUCCACCUUGCAACCGAUUUCUGAAAUGAGUUCGAUGGACAUGUCCGUCGACGACAGUGUGGUGUUGGCUCCGGUAUCCGAUGACCCUUCGGCUCGACCGAGGCGCAGAAGGAGCAUGAGCACGGGUGAUGCUCGGCCCAAGCCCGAUCGAACAUCGAGCGCACGCAUGUCGAUCAUGAGCACCCUAGAUGACCUGGAUUUCAAGGACAAUCAAUCGAUGCUAGCCGCUUUCGAGCAGGAUGUCAAGCAUAUCACGGCUGACCGUCAAUACCGUGUGCGAGAGCAACAUCAGACCAUCUACGCCAGCUCGGACGACAAGAUCAAGCACAACAAAGCAGGCGACGUGGACAGUGGGCGAGCUUGGAAACAGUUGCGAAAGGCUUCAGACAUGAACCAAUACGCGAAAGAGCUUAAAGCUUUGAAGGCGAAAGCGCAGGGUCAGAACAAGCCGAUGGGCACAAUCUUCGUGAAGGUGCUCGGAAUCGAAUCUUUGGCACUGCCCCUGCCGAGGGAAGAGACGUCCUUCUGUGUGACGCUAGACAAUGGAAUCGACUAUAUUCGCACUCCUUAUUCGACGUUGAAGGAAGGUGCACGAGUGAAUCAAGAAUUUGCACUGGUCGAACAUGCCAACUUUGAAUUCACUCUGGGGCUGGAGAUCAAGCGCGACCCUCACAUAAUUCAGAUGUUGCACAACAACGUACCCAAACCGAUGCUGCCGAGCAGAGCCGUGGAUUCGGAGGUGGCGUCCGUUGCUUCGGGAGUCAAGGGAGGUGGAUUCCGAAACCUCUUUGGCAGUCCCAGAAAGGGCUCAAAGCCUCCCAAGGCGAUCAUGACCGAGAUUCCCCGACCGGUUUCGCAAGAGACCAACAUUGGGCACUACUUCCCGCCAGGCGAAGCUCUUGUUGGCAAAACGCACAUCGCUUUUAAGCCUAUUGCCAAGAACUGCGAUUCGAGGUUACUGGAGAUCCGAUAUCCGAUGUAUGGUGCGCUGCGACGAGAAAGCGCGUUACCGCCUAUUCCCGUCAGCAAGGGGGACCGCCCCAACUCUCAGCCGCCAUCGAGAAGUUCGGGGAACACGACAUCUGCGGUCAAGAAACAGGUCUGCAAGAUAACUUUGCAGAUCUUCCGUCUGCCGCCUCUGCCCGGGCUCGACCAAGAUCAGCUGCCUCAGAGCAUCGAUGAGUGUCUGAGGGGGAUGAGGCACCACGCAUGGCACGAUCAUGAGUAUCACGAGGGCCUCUUGACCCAGAAGGGAGGGGAUUCGAACGUCCCAAGACGACGUGACUUCAAGGUGAUUGGUGGCAAUCUGGUCGCCAGGAAUCCCGUGACCAAGAAGACGGUAUUCUCCAUCGACCUGCGCAAAGUCGUCGCUGUCAAUGACGAGAAUGCCGUCACACGCCCGGCUCCUUCUACACCAUCGCGACGGACGCAAGACUUUGACAGCGAUAUGGGCGUCAUGCCGCGAUCCUUCCGCCUGCUGUUCGAUGACGGGGAGGAUAUCCUAUUCUGGACCGACAAUGAUGAGGAAAAGGCCGGCUGGAUGAAAGUCUUGACUAGCCUCGUCGGUAAGGUGCCCUCAAAUCCGCUCUGGGCCGAACUCCUUGCCGCUCGACACCGCCACGCCGCUGCGCGAGCUCACGCCAGGAAAGCCUCAUCGGCAACCGCAGCAGCGUCUGAUGUUGCCAGCGAAGUUUCCAAGUAGUUUCGCCUCCUCUUCUUUACGACAUUUCUUUCGAUGGACACUCUUUUUAACCCGGCACAUACUCGAUUCGGGAUGUUUCUACGCAUCAUCCAACGCUUGUACAAUUCAUACCCUCUUGUCGAUGUUUUCAGUCUUGAUUCUUUACGUUGUUUCGUUAUCAAUGUACGCCACAUUAAUAUCUCCGAGA